AUGAGUACCUCGAUGCGCGACUUGAUUGAUGGGGAGGCGGAGCUCAAUGAUGAAGAGGAUGAUGAGUCAUUUGAUGAGGAGGGCGGCGAGUCCCGAACGAGAGCCCGGGAUAAUAUGCUAGAUGAUUCGAGCGAGGAAGACGAAGAUGACGAAGACGAGGAGGAAGCUAGAAGGAUUCGAGAAGGUUUUAUCGUCGACGAAGAUGAGGAAGAGGAGGCCGACAACUCAGAAGAGCGCGAGCGCCGAAAGAAGAAGAAGCGCCGCCGCGUUGAGCGUGAGGAAGAGGAGCAACUCGACGAGGAAGAUCUUGACCUCAUCGGUGAAGCUAAUCCAGAGUGGGAACGGAAAACCCAGGCUCAGACCAAGUUCAAGCGUCUCAAACGGGGGCACCGCGACGAGGAACGUGGCAACGAGCGCCCAGACCUCGCAGGGAUAUUUUCGGACGAUGACGAGGAGGUGGCCGACGAGCGAGCCUACGGUCGCCCUAGCCACCGCGCGCACGUCGACGAGUUCGAUGAUUUUAUCGAAGACGAUUACCCAGAAGACGACGAGGAACGAAUUCAGCGCCAGGAGGACAUGGAAGUUGCUCGUCCUAGAGAAAAGGGUCUUGCAGUUGACGCAACUGGCCUUGACAAGGACGCCCUUGACGACAUGGAGGCCAUUUUCGGCAAUGGUGACGAUUACGCCUGGGCUUUGGAUCUGGAAGAAGACGAGGAUGAUCGGGAGCGCGAGGAACAGACAAUUGAGUUGAAAGACGUUUUUGAACCCUCGCAGCUCAAGGAGAAGCUUCUUACCGACGAGGACAACCAAAUCCGCGUCGUGGACGAGCCUGAGCGGUUCCAGCUUGAUCGCAAACCCUUCAAGGAGCAACAAACAUCAGCCGAAUACUUCAAAGAGGAGGCACGUUGGAUUACGAAUCUGAUGUGGCCCAAGAAGCAACUUCCUGGGGACCUUCAUGGGCCCUUCAACAAGGCUAUUGGCAAAGUCCUUGAGUUCUUUAUUAUCGACGGCGUCGAGGUUCCCUACGUCUUCCAACACCGCAGAGAUUACCUCAUUCAUGCCAAGAAGGUUAGGAACCAAGACAACCGCGAUCAUCCCGAUGCCCCCGAGUAUACCGUCGAUGCCGAGAAGCUACUGACCCAGGACGACCUGUGGCGCAUUUUGGAACUCGAUAUCAAAUUCCGGUCGCUGGUUGAGAAGAGGAACGCUCUCGAGCGGUCUGUUGACAACCUGAAGGAAGCAAAUAUCCGGGACGAUGUGCUCGAGGAGAUGAUCCACCAGGCUGCGACGCUGGAAGAGCUACAAGACCUGCAGGAUUAUCUCAAUUUUCAGUAUUCAGCCCAGCUGAAAGACAUUGCUGCCAUGGGUAAUGGUGCAUCGAAAGAGAUGAAGCGACCAGGCGCAAAGACAGCUUUGUUCGAGCGUAUCCGGCGAUCACAGGCCUACAAUUUCGUCCGAGCGCUCGGAAUAUCGCCCGAUAGCUUGGCGCAGAACGCUCUCCGUGAAGGUAAAAAGGUGUCAUCAGACGACGACGCUAGGCUGCCCGUCGACCUUGCCGAUCAGUUGGCGGACGACGACUUCCCAACUGGCGAGCAAGUAAUCAAUGCUGCCCGCCAGAUGUACGCCGAGGAACUCUUUGUUAGUCCUCGGAUGCGCAAGCAUUUCCGGAUCCAAUACUACCUCAUGGGUUCCGUCAGCUGUCAUCGGACGGAGAAGGGUCUUCGGAAGAUCGACGAGGCGCACCCCUAUUACGAAAUCAAGUACCUUGUGGGCCACACCAUCAGGGACUUGGCUGUCCGGCCCGAGAUCUUCCUCAAGAUGAUGAAAGCAGAGGACGAUGGACUCGUUGAGGUCAACCUCACCCUGGAGAAUGACCGCGAAUUCCGGCGACAGCUCUACAAUGAAUUCGCGUCGGACAACUUCAGUGACCUGGCCGAUGCGUGGAAUUCGGAGCGACAAAAGGUGCUGGAUAUCGCUUUUCUGAAACUCGAGAAAGUGAUCGCAAAGGGGGUGAAGGAUUCACUUCGGACGGCUUGCCAAGAAGAGCUUCUCAAGACAUGUCGCGAAGAGUACUUCAAACGGCUCGACCAGGCACCUCUUAAACCGAAGGGGAUGGUCCUAGGUACCACCCCGCGUGUGCUUACCUUGUCGAACGGCAUGGGCGACCCCAACCGCGACCCUAUCUCGUGGACAUGGGUUGAAGAAGACGGCAGAGUUCUUGAGCAUGGCAAAUUUGUCAAUCUGGCGAGGGAUGAAGCCCAGAGAGACCUUUUCGCCGAGUUGAUUCGGCGAAGAAAUCCCGAUGUCGUGGGGGUGUCCGGCUUUUCGGCAGACACCAACCGACUGAUAAAGGACGUCGAGGGGAUUAUCAGCGAGAAGGGGCUGAUGGGCCCCGAGUAUGAUGAUCCGGACACCAAUGAGUACCGCAGCGACUUGCUUGAGGUGGUCAUCGUCAACGACGAGGUGGCGCGGCUGUACAAGGACAGCCCCCGUGCCGUUGCCGAACACCCCACCUUAAACCCCCUCACACGAUAUUGCAUUGCGCUGGCUCGAUACAUGCAGAACCCUAUGAAGGAAUAUGCAGCGCUGGGCAAGGACGUCUCAUCGCUGCUGAUCCACCCAUACCAACAAUAUCUCCCACAAGAGAAGCUGUACAAGCACCUUGAGACAGCCAUGGUGGAUAUUGUCAACCUUUGCGGCGUGGAUAUCAACGAGGCCAUGGGAGAUCCCUACACAGCCAAUCUUUUGCCUUACGUUGCCGGUCUUGGGCCACGCAAGGCACAGCUGCUAAUAAAGGGGAUCAACGCGAACGGCGGUGUGGUUGCCUCCCGCGAUGAGCUGGUCGGUGACCCGGAGCGGCACAAAAUCCCGGUUCUCGGCCCUCGAGUGUGGAAUAACUGUGCCAGUUUUCUGUACAUCGAGCAUGACAGCACCAAUCCCGACUCGGACCCCCUUGACAACACGCGCAUCCACCCCGAAGAUUACGAUCUAGCCCGCAAGGUCGCUGCGGAUGCGUUGGGGCUGGACGAAGAGGACGUCAAGGCCGAGACGGACGAGAAUGGGCCUGGGGCCAUCGUUCGCAAGCUGUUCAAGGACGACGAGCAGGAGAAGGUCAAUGAACUCAUUCUUGAGGAGUACGCGGUGCAACUGGAACGCGAAUAUCAGCAGCGCAAGCGGGCGACGCUGGAAGCGAUCCGAGCCGAGCUGAUGGGUCCUUUCGAAGAACUCCGAAAGAACUUCACCGUGCCAGGCGUGGACCAGAUCUUCACCAUGUUCACAGGUGAGACGAGAGACUCGCUUUGCGACCAGAUGAUCGUUCCAGUGAAUGUACGGAUCGUCAAGGAUGACUUUGCCAUCGUCAAAUUGGACUGCGGAAUCGAAGGGAGGGUCGAAUCCCACGAGGUGUCAUACCGCCAUUCAAUCAAGGACAUGUUGCAAGUCGGCCAAACUGCCCAAGCUAAGCUGAUCGAAGUCAACCGGAAAGACUUUGUCUGCAAGCUUUCUAUGAGGGAAGAGGAGCUACGGCGGCCAUACCGGAGGCAUUACGAUUACGGUCGUGGGCAGUGGGACUUCAAACAGGAAGAUGAGGACAGGGAAGAGCUGCGGGAGAAAGACAAGGCCACGGGCCGCACCCAAAGAGUCAUUAAGCACCCCCUAUUCAGGCCGUUCAACAGCACACAGGCUGAAGAGUACCUGGGCGGCAUGCCGGCCGGGGAGGUGGUCAUCCGGCCGUCUUCCAAGGGGAACGACCAUCUCGCGAUUACGUGGAAGGUCGCCGAUGGUGUCUAUCAGCAUAUCGACGUGCUGGAGCUGCAGAAGGAUAAUGAGUUCUCUGUGGGCAAGGUCCUCCGGGUUGGAAGCAAGUACACGUACACCGACCUGGACGAGUUGAUUGUGGACCACGUCAAGGCGAUGGCGAGGAAGGUGGAGGAGCUCAUGCAGCACGAAAAGUUCCAAAAGGGAUCUCGUGCUGAUCUCGAGAAAUGGUUGACCACCUACAUCGAUGCGAACCCGAACCGGUCUACCUACGCGUUCUGCUUGGAUACGAAGCACCCGGGGUAUUUCUUCCUUUGCUUCAAGGCAUCUCGCAACUCCAAAGUCAUUGGAUGGAUGAUCCGAGUCAUCCCGCAUGCGUACGAGUUGAUGAAGAGCCAGUACCCGGACAUGCGGGCGCUCUGCAACGGCUUCAAGCUGCGGUACCAGAGCGAGAUGCUGAAGAUGCAGGCCGGCGGCGGGCCAAGGGGUCAUUAA